CUAUUCAAAUUUAUUGGAAGCCUGAACAAACGAGUUAGUGUGAUUUGUGAAUUUGAUCGUAUGUUAUUUAGAUUCUCGCAAAUUGUGUUAUUCCUUCGCGUGAUUUCAAAGAAUGUGGAUUGAGAAAGGACGGGGUGACGCCUAAGUGAAUCGCCUCUCACCCUGUCCCUCCUCCGCGUUUCGCGCGUUUGCCCGCAUUCGAACUGGGCCCCGAUUCGCGGCUUCCGCAUCACGUGGCGAUACCAUCCACGUUUCUUGACUUUGGGUAAACAAGAGGAAAGAAAAUAUUUGUGCGCAAGAGUAUAUCAUCAUUGUCAUUACGGAAUAGCGUGCGCACGAGACUGCCUCUGUCAUCGUCAACGUCACCGUCGCCAUCCGUUCCUGUCGAGCGAAAAGGACACAGGAAGAAUCGCGCGGACACGAGGAAGCACAGUAACGAGGUCUCGUGCUCAUACAACCGCGGAGGCAGGAACGAAUUUAGAAGGAGAGCGACGCGUGGGCUCUUCUGGCACUGAAGUCGGCGCCGGCCAGCCCGUCGAAGAUGCAGUGGAACCCGGAAUCGAACAGCGCGCCGAUAGCGCGGAUCGAGGCACGCGAAUUCGAGUACAUGGUUAGGCAACGGCGCAUCACGAUCGGCCGCAACAGCAGUAAGGGUGAGGUCGACGUCAACAUGGGCCACUCCAGCUUUAUCUCACGCCGGCAUCUCGAGAUCUUCUACGAGCACCCAUUCUUCUUCAUGAUGUGCAACGGCAAAAACGGCGUGUUCGUCGACGGGGUGUUCCAGCGCAAGGGCGCCCCUGUCUUUCAGUUGCCAAAGACAUGUCAAUUCAGAUUUCCAAGUACAACGAUAAAGCUGAUGUUCCAUUCACUCGUCGAUGAACAGGAACAGAGUAACAUUCGCGUGCCCUCUCCACCAAAGCAACGAGCGCCGUUACCUCCUCUGCGAAUAAACAUACCGGACACUGGUUAUAGCAGUCCAUUCCCGUCACCCACAGGUACGAUAAGCGCUGCUAACUCUUGUCCGGCUAGUCCGCGCGCCGGCCAAGGCAAAAGAAAUAUUUCGGCGGACCUGCAGAUGGUUGCGGCUUAUGCCGCUGCUGUGGCGAAUGACUCGCAGAAUUCUACCUUGGAUAGGCAUAACUUGGAGAGACACGACAGUGGGCAAGGCUCUAGUAGACAGAUAAGCCCGGAACCAGCUGAUGCGCGUUACCGCGGCGGUAACGGUUCGGGACCGAACGGUACAGCGCCGCACUACAGUCCACCAAAGGAUGAUUCAAAACCGCCGUUUUCGUACGCGCAACUGAUCGUUCAAGCGAUUGCCUCCGCGCAUGACAAACAACUUACCCUAUCGGGCAUUUACUCUUAUAUCACUAAGCACUAUCCGUACUACAGAACCGCGGAUAAAGGCUGGCAGAAUUCUAUACGACAUAAUCUGUCGUUGAAUCGUUACUUUAUCAAAGUUCCAAGAAGUCAAGAAGAACCUGGGAAGGGCUCUUUUUGGAAGAUAGAUCCCCAAUCAGAAUCUAAACUCAUCGAGCAGGCAUUCAGACGAAGACGGCAACGCGGUGUACCUUGUUUCCGCGCGCCAUUUGGAACUUUGUCGUCAAGCAGAAGUGCUCCAGCUUCGCCCUCUCAUGUUGGGAUCAGUGGAUUAAUGACGCCCGAGUGUUUAAGUAGAGAAGCUUCUCCUGGACCAGAAUCGUAUCCAGAUAACUCGGUCCCCUCUCCAGCCGGGCAGCUCGCAACGAGUCAGUCGGCACCUGGAUCUCCCGGGCAUCCGUAUACAUCGUCUCAGACGACUCAUAAGGGACGUUUGAUGCAGACAAUAGUAACGAAUGGUGUCAAUAGUGAUACAGGAAGAGAAGAAAAAUACUUGGUGCCUGGGAACACUGUAGAGGACCAUUCUUUAUCUCCAGCUGGUCAAUAUAGUCCAGCUCCUGUUAUUGUACAAACAACAUAUAAUUACAGUGGAAAUUUUAUCAGCCCCGAUGCUGGCGUCGGGGGGAUUAGCAAACGUGCUCAUGAAGAGUCGGAUAGCUCGCCUGGUUCACCGGCUCCGCUCGCGAUCGUCGAGAGCCCCGAGCCUCCUGAGCAUCAGCCAUCGCAAUCCAAACGUCAACGUAUCCACGAAAUGGAUGAUCAUUGAACUGAUACAUCUAUCAUCCUGUUACGUAGAACAUUACAUUUACAUUAUUUGCCUGUCGUGGAACACAUACACAUAGACACAUAGACACAUAGACACAUACACAUACACACUGCAAAUUUCAUUUUUAUUUUAACCGCAUAACCCGCUUUAGACUGCACAUAAUCGAGAUCGAGCGUCAGUUCUAUGUCUUUCGCGAAGAAUCGCGAAGAACUGUUGUGUGUACGAGUCCGCAAAAGAAAUCAAUUACUGAAAGAACAAUGAGCAGACACUUUUCCUGUCCUUCUAGACUUCAUGUUUUAACAUGAUUUUAUCAACAACAGUCAAUGUACAUAAGAUAUCUAUAUACUUUAUUAAAUGCUUUCUCUUUAUGACUUGUUAACUUCGGCAGAAGAUAUAGUAUAUAUGUAUAUGGAGCUUAUUUGAUCGGAGGUCAUCCAAAAUAGUAACAGCAGCUAUUGCGCUGACACAUCAAAUUGCAAUAAUGUGAUGCGGUAACGUGUGCCAUUCAGCGUUUAGCCGUUAUAUUAAAUAGACAAAAGAGAAGAAGAGUGUUAACCAGUGAGAAUGUUAAUCAGUGUAAUUCUAUCGAAUGCGAGAAUGCGAUUUAUCCAUAGCUGAAUCCGCUGGCCGACAUCCAUUUCACUCGUGCGAUUUGUUUUCUUUUUUUUUUUCCCGUAUUAUCGCUUGCACCGACUUGGCGUCGUCAUCGCGACUAAUGAAGAUUAACGAUAGGCAAAACGAUAAGAGAGAGAAAAUAAUAGAUUAUUAUUACAAUUAUAGCAUUCUUAAUUUAAGACGCUCAAUCGAAUGUUCUAUCUGAGAUUAAGAUAAGACCUGGGAUUUUAAAAAGAUCAGUAUCGCGAGA